AUGUCGGCCGACCGCAAUCCCUCGGCGUUGUUGCUGCUUCCCCCACCUCCGGCUUUUUCUUUUGACCAGGUCAAGGAGACAUUUGGGCCGUCGUUGAUAAAUGUCUUCAAAAAGCUCUCGGAUGGCUUAGAUGCUUCGAAAUUACACGUGCUUGACAUUGCCCUGGUAGUCCCUAUCCCUCCCGAGGGCAAACCCAGGGCCAAAGUGUUUGCGCAACUCCAACAAUAUUUGACCAGCAUGUAUAGUCUGGUUGGUGUGAUCUGUGCAACACACAAUAUUGAACUUGAUGUCCCAGGUGGUAUCGAUACCCGGGUGGUAUUUGUCAAUGCAAAUGGGAGACCCUUGACCCAGGCCUCUGAUAGCCCUCAAUUUGGACCCGUCCUCGACCUGCAAUCACUGGCGAAUUCUGGACGCGAAUGGGAUCACAUCUUCCAUCUGUCUAAUUUAAUUGGAAAUGAAUGGGCCAAUUCAUUUGCCGAAGCUCAAUCUCGGGGCGAUACGGCGGCACGGUUGCAAGCCAUAACAAGCAACCCUGAUUGGACAAUUCCCGAACCCUUGCUAAUUCCUGAUCACCAACCAUCUAAGCCGCACUCGUCCGUGAUCGUGGGUGGUACAUUUGAUCACCUUCACCUCGGUCACAAGCUUCUCCUGACAGCCGAGGCACUCGCCCUGGACCCAUCUGAUCAGGAUGCCCGCUUGAUCGUUGGAGUGACCGGAGAUGCACUCCUAGUGAACAAGAAACAUGCCGAGUUUCUAGAGGAUUGGGAACAGCGUUGGCAGAGCACUGCCUCUUUCCUGUCGGCUAUCAUGGAUUUCACUCCGGGCCAACAACCCCCCAAGAUUGAACGCUCCACUGAGCCCAAGACUGUCCUCGUUAAUAUCCAACCCAAACUGACCUUUGAAUUUGUGGAAAUCUCAGAUCCAUUUGGGCCCACUAUCACAAAAGAAAAUAUUGACGUGAUCGUUGUGUCUAGAGAGACUCGUUCAGGAGGAGCCGCAGUCAACGAUGAACGGAUCAAGAAGGGCUGGAAGGCUCUGACGGUGUUCGAAGUUGAUGUCCUCCAGUCCGGGGAUUCCGUCACGACCACCGAGAACUUCGAGAGCAAAAUUAGCAGUACCGAGAUCAGACGACGCCGGGCUCAUCUUUCCAAGGUCUAA